CAAGAGAUUCCACAUUACCACAAAUGAAAAGAAGUGUUUCACUUUAAGGCUAGCAAUAUAUCACAUCCAUUUACACUUUAUCACAACACUCUCAGUACGAUCCUGGCUUUCAACCUCAACAGCAGUGUUGAUCUUUCGAUCCAGCAACAACAUUCUUAAAAUGUCAAAGCACAUUGAUCUCGCUGAGAAGCCACCACUAGAUGAAUCCAUAAUCAGCAGGAUUAUCAAAAUAGGUGGCCAAGCCCUACCUGGCAUGGUGCGUUCCCGCUCCAUUCCUAAAUCUGACCAACACAUCGAAAGAGAAGAGCUCAGUGUGCAGGACGACGAUGCAGAUUUCAUGGAAUGGUGGCUGUCAGAGAAAACCUGGAAGGAAUUUGAAGAUCCUGGUGCAGAGAAAGAUGAUGCAGAAUCCCUAAAAAAGAAAGCAGAAAAUCUGAAAAAAGCUCUUUAUGUGUAUACUUACCUCCUCCGUGAACGAGGAACAAUUCUGCAGGGUCACGUUAAAGAACUAGAGAAAGUGGCCAAAAAUACUGACAAUAAGGUGAAGACUGCAAAUAUUACUGGGGUAACUGUUGGGGUUCUAGGACUGGCAGCUGCUGUCAUAAGUAUUAAAUUUGCCCCAUUGUCCAGGGGGGCUUCAUUUACAGUGGCAGCACUUGGGUUUGGAGUUGCAUCAUUCACAGCUUCCAUCUUCAACAACCUCGAUAUGGAUGUGGACAGCAUGAAACUAAAGAUGAUCUUCGAAGACUUUACCCAGAUAGAGGAAAUUGAGAAGUGUCUAAUAUUUAUCAGCACUCAUGUGGAAUGUUUGAAGAGAUAUGACUUGUCCACAUUGAAGGAAGUGAGUUGGAAAACAGAAAAGGUUGUAAGAAUGGCACAUAUUUUUGGAGACUGUGUCAAAGUGAUCAGUGCAGUCAGUAAGUGCUCAGGUCUGAUCCACGGCUUCAUGAUGGGCAUGAAAACAAACUUCGGCGGAGAUGACAGCAAGCAGCUGGGCGCCAAAUCCAGAUUUGCCAUGCAAAUCCGUGUAAUAACAAAGCAGAUGGAAGCAGUCCUUGAUGCACUGAUGGUGUUUCAAACAGAGGUGGAAUCUGCAGAUAUGUAGUACAUGAUUUGUGCAUACUGUGUAUUAAAUAUUUUUCAUAUUAUAUAGAGUAUAUUUCAUAAGUACUACUAUAUAUACCUGUAAUGAAUAUGAUUCAAAGAUAAAUCUAUUUACCAUAGCAUUCACUGGCACAUAGUCACA